ACGCAGGCGACCCAUGAGCACGACGACGGACGCCAUUCCCACGGCCUUGAUGCUGGCCUCCGCGCCUCACGGCCUCGCGCCCACCCGCAAGCUCGGCAAAGGAGGAUCCGCGGAUGUCUACCUCGCGCAGCACAUGGCGUCUGGCCGCCACUUCGCCGUCAAGGUUGUUGCGAAGAGCGACGACCAGGUCCCGCGCCGAGCCGAAGCUCUGUGGCGCGAGAUCGACAUACAGCUCGCGCUGGUGCACGACCGGAUCGUGCGUCUUUAUACAGUCUUCGAGGAUGCGACGAACGUGUAUCUCGUCUUGGAGUACCUCCCGGGCGGCGCCGUCUUCGACGUGCUGGACCAACAGGCGCCAUGGCGCGAGGACCAAGCUGCUCGCUGCAUCCACGAUGUCGCGUGUGGUCUUGCCUACAUGCACGCCUAUGGCUGCGCGCACCGCGAUAUCAAGGCCGAGAACAUUCUGAUCGACUGCGAUGGUCGCUACAAAAUUGCCGACGUGGGCGUUUCCGUCUACACGUGGAAGUGCCAGCAGCAACUCCGUGCGGUGGGAACGACUGACUAUAUGUCACCAGAAGUCGCCGCUGGCCAGCCCCAUGACGCCACGACGGACCUCUGGUCUUUGGGCAUCCUGACAUACGAGCUUCUCGUUGGCUACCCGCCGUUCUCGCUUGGCAGCAAUUUGACGGAGGACCAAAUGAAGAAGCGCAUCCAGGACGAGCACGUGAAGCGGCCGCCUCACAUCUCUGACAGCGCGUGGGACCUGAUUGCCAAGCUCUUGCAACAAGAGAAAUGCGACCGCCUCCCAGCCGCGCUUGUCGCUCGACACGAUUGGAUCGAGACGCACUGCGGCACCGACGACUAGUCAACUUUGUGUGUCCCAGCCGCAAGUCGUUGAACAGCGUCACCGACUUGCCGAGUCUGAUAUUGCUUUUUGAGAUAAUGA